AAUGGCGCGGCGACGAGUGACAAGGUGUCAGGGAAGGGGGGGCCAAGCGCUCAGUCCGCUGCCGACCGCCGAACGAGACGCACGUGUUUAUUGUGAACGGAUAUGACGGAUUAGUGAAGUGAAGUGUUGUGUGUGAUUAAUCUUUUAAGCUGGAAACUAACGGAUUGUGGGGCAAUAUGCUCACGUCAAGCAAUCAGUAUUUACGGCCGGAUUAUCUGUCGCCUUUACCUACCACGCUCGACGCGAAAAAGAGCCCGCUGGCGCUCCUCGCGCAAACCUGCAGCGCCAUCGGCGCUGACACGCCGAACCCCAAGCUUAUCUCCGCUGCGGAAAAGGCCAGCAAGAAAUAUGAAGACAAACCGCAUAUGGAUAACAAGCCCAGCUUCAAGCCUUACGAGUCGUGCCUCACUGCGAGAGAAAAGACUAGAACGCCGGAGGACAGAGCGUCAUCCGUAAAUGCUCACUCCAAGACGCCUUCCUCCAAAGGUAGCGCGUCAACCACCCCUGUCCAAGCGCGCUGCGGGAGCAACCAGAGCUCAUCCUCUCAGAGAACCUCGCCGCCCGUUCAUCACAAAACGCCGUCAGAAAAAUCAGACGAACGGUCGAGUCCUCUACACGGCUCUCCGAACCCAACCAAAUCAGACUCUGCUAGUAAUUCAUCCACAUCCAAGUUACCCUUCACGCCAACCAGUCUAUCGUCCAGUGCUGACACCAAAGAACCUUCAAGCUUCAAACCAAGCAUACCUGUCACAUCAUCAGCUUUUCUAGGAGGCUUGCCACCCACAGGAUUUCCUUUACAUAUGGAUUUAAUGACGAGCAGUCUUAUGGCAGCGCAGCAUCACGCGUUGAAAAGCGGGUUGAACCCGUACCUAGCGUACGCGAGAAUGAAAGCGCCAGGAGGAGAUCUUGGAGUGUGCAGAGAUCCGUACUGCACGGGUUGUUCGUUGAGUUCGCAUUUGCUCAAGUCUGCGGUAUGUCCGGCUGGGUGCACGCAAUGCGACCACGCGAAGACUCCUUUCCCGUUACCGACUAGUCACCCUGCGGCUGCGGCCUAUGCGCACGCUCAGCUGGCUGCUUUGGCGGCUGCAUCUCAGCUGCCUUUUGUCUGUAGCUGGAUGGCCGGAGAUUCCGCUUACUGUGGGAAGCGGUUCUCGACGUCCGAGGAGCUCCUGCAGCAUUUACGUUCGCACACUGCCAGCGGUGAAUCGAGUCCAAGUCUGUCGAUGCUCAGCGCGACGCACCCAUUACUGCAGCGGACGUACCCGACUCCGCCGCUGUCACCGCUCACGCCGCGGUUCCACCCGUACAGCAAGCCGUCGCACAUGGUGUCAUCGCCACCGCUGUUCUCGCUGCCCCCGCAUCCAUCGCUGGCCGCCUACUUCCCGUCGUACCCGCUGUUCGGGCCGCGGCCGCUGCACCCGUGAGGUGCGGCGGCGCUCCAACAUAAGAAAGGGGGCGCCGACCGCUAACGCCCAAGCCAAAAGGACAUUCGCAACCGAGGAGCGUGUAAAUAUAUCGUAGUGUUCCGAGGUUCUAGUCGGCUCAUAUCAUCGACGAAGCCCGCGAGGGCCGCGCAGCUGUGAUCUCUACUCGUAAUGUAUGUUAUAGUGCACUGAUUAUUGUGAGAGCUCAUCUGUAAAUCAUGCUGUACAUAUUCGGGCAUACCUAUUAGUUUGACUCUCGACGCUAAUGCUUUAAAUAUUGGUUCAGUGUUAUUGCAUAACGUUAAACCCUGGAGCAUUUUGGUCAGGUAUGCCCUAUGUAUGGCCAAUUUAAGCUUUGAAUCGCGCAAGCGUUUAUUUUCUAGUUAGACUAACAAAAUUUUUAUGUACCAAAUCUAUAGAUGUAAUUUAAAUAGAUUUUUUUCAAUAAGUUGUUGCAAAUUAGAAUUGUUAAUUUGUGUUUGUAUUAUUAUUAAAGCUGUUCUUGUUAAGAAUACACAAACGAAUCCCUGUCUCAAUUCUGUAAUGAAACAGGUAAUCGUUUGGGUAUUUUGAAUGCAAGAGUAUGUAUCCAUUAGACGUUUAAUCAGAUCCAUCGACACAAAGGACAAUUUGUGCCACUGGAAAUUGAAAAUGCGGCAAAAAUUCCAUAAGAAUAGUCGAUCCUAUAAUACAAGCAAAUUCUUACUUAAUAAACUACAGUUAGGUUGGUUACAACCAGACCUGAUUGUGGCAUAUUCCAUGACACAUACUUUUUGAUCGAUGGAUAUGAUUGGAUGUCGAAAGGAAACGUGUUCCGUAUUAUUUCGUGACAAUGAGGCACAUAUCUUGUAUUAUAAAGCGUAGUACCGGCGCGUAGCGUAGCGUCUUCAUUAAGAUUACCUUAACGAUCUUAUUUUAUAUUCAUUUUCACUUCAACUAUCCAACUUGUUAAACCGAUAAGAUCUUAAUAACAGAAUCUCAACACGUUACUUCAUAAAUUUACAUUAACGUUAAAAGUUAUGAGAUAGUCACUUGAGGUAGGAAGCGAUUCUACUGCUAUUCUGUCUUGUGGUCUUUGUAUACUUAACUUUCAUAAUUUCGUAUCAGAUUUUAACAUCAACUUGAAUAUAGAACCCAUUUGAGUACACCAUUAAAUAAUAACUACACUAAAGAUGUCUAAAUGAUGCGAAGUUAUUAAAGUUAUUCUUGGAAAGAUUUGAUGUUAUGACUGAUCUGAUAUCAACCGAAUAAUGUGUAUGCCGAAACCGCAAUGGUAAACAUAAUUUGUUGUUAAAGUACAUAAAGCGAAGAAAAUAUACGUAAAUAUUUAAUUUCAAA